UCAAUAUAGAAUUUAUGUUUCGUUUGUUUUUCGGCCAAAAAAUAUUUAAUCGUGUGAAUUUAUAAUUUAAUUGUAUAAAAAAACUCAUAUGAUGAGGACGUUAUAGUACUAAAAUGUUAAUAUUAUUAAUAUAGGGAUUUUAGGCAAAGUUUGAAUAGUUUUAUAAGUGAUUGUUGUUAGUUUAAGAUGGGUAUUACAGGCCUGAUACCGUUUCUUGAGAAAGCUUCAAGAAGGGCUAACGUUAGCGAAUUUGCCGGCUGCACGGUGGCAAUAGAUACAUAUUGCUGGCUUCAUAAAGGAGCAUUUGCUUGUGCCGACAAGUUGGUACGCGGCGAAGAGACUGAUGUACAUAUAAAAUAUUGUUUAAAAUAUGUGACAAUGCUGCUAUCAAAGAACAUAAAACCAAUUUUAGUUUUUGACGGACGUCAUCUGCCAGCCAAAGCAAUGACUGAAAUGAAAAGGAGAGAAUCUCGUGACAUAUCAAAGAAAAGAGCAGCAGAGUUACUAAGCUUAGGAAAGAUUGAUGAAGCAAGAUCAUUCAUGCGACGGAGUGUAGACAUCACACAUGCAAUGGCACUAGCUCUGAUCAAGGAGUGCAGGCAACGCAAUGUGGACUGCAUAGUGGCCCCGUACGAAGCGGACGCUCAACUUGCGUACCUCAAUGUCAAGAACUAUGCACAGCUGGUUAUCACUGAAGAUUCCGACUUGAUACUGUUUGGUUGCACAAAGGUUCUUUUCAAAAUGGAUUUAGACGGCACAGGUACACUAGUCGAAACAGCUAAACUGCCACUUGUUAUGAAGUGUCCCAUAGAGCAUUACAGAUUUGACAAGUUUCGGCGAAUGUGCAUCAUGUCUGGAUGUGACUACUUGGCUUCGCUGCCUGGUAUUGGGCUGGUCAAGGCAAGGCAGUUUGUGACGGCCACACAGGAUUCUGACUUUGCUAAUGCUUUGAGAAAACUGCCGGGUUUCUUCAACAGAUCAAACUUGACAGUGACAGAUGAGUAUAGAGAGAACUUUUUAAAAGCCGAGGCCACUUUUAAGCAUCAGUUUGUGUAUGAUCCCAUUGAGAGGAAGAUGCUUAGACUCACAGAACCUGAUGAUGAAGAUAUUGAAUUAGCGUUGUGUGUGAACGCUGGUGAGCUUUUGGAGCCUGCAGUAGCUUUUCAACUGGCUCUGGGGAACAUUGAACCGUUCACUUUGAAAAAACUGGACCACUGGGACCCGGACCAUAGAGAUGUUACUAAUGAAAAAGAUAUAAAGACCAGCAGUUGGAAAGACAAAGGUAUAGCGAACCAUCCAAGCAUAUGGAGCUCAAGCUUCACCCAGUACCUAAGCGAAGAUAAACCUUGGAUGAAAAAGGUUAAGAAGGUGGAACCUAUCAUAUCUGUACCUCAAACCAGACUAAAGAAGAAAGUGGUGACCUUGGUUAGCAAGUAUGUGCCUGAAACGCAAGAUGAAAGUUUAUCAAUAGAAACCUUAACCAGUAUGUAUUGCAAAGAACCAUCUGUUAAGAAACAAAAAAUCGAUUCAGAAACCGAUACCCAAUACAUCGAGACAUUUACGCAAGAUGUACACAAUAUUGCUUCAACUGAAAUUGAAAUAACCAAAAAUGUAAAACAAAAAAACAAAUCACCGAUAUUACAAAAUAGGCAGAGAUCGUUCAAGAAAUACCUUGAGAAUAGAAGUGACUCGAUUAUGAAGAAACUCAGUAGAUUUCCGAGGACAGUUUUGGACGAUAACAUUAUUGAGAGCAAAUUUUUCAAUGAACCUAAAGAUUUGGACAGUAAAGUUGAAAAUUGUGUAACAAUAGAAGAGUCUCCUGAAAAAUGUGUACAAAUUCUCGAAGUAGAUAAAAAAUCGAUUGUAGAUUGCAAAUUGCACAUUGACACUCAAUGUACAGAUUCGUUGUUGGAGAAUUCACAAAAGGAAAACAGUCCAAAUAUGUCUCAAAAAAGUCCAAUUCUGGAUUCGAGUCCUAAAAAUAGAAAUCCAUUUAAAGUUAGGUCAAAUUCAGAUGUUUCAAGUUUGGAUAAUAAGUCUUUGAGUCCAAAUAAGUCUGAAAAAAAUCCAAUUUUGGAGUCUAUACCAAAUAAUAGGAGUCCAUCAAAUUCAGAAGAUUCUUUAUUGCAGUGCAAUGAACAGAACUCAUUAAUUCCAAAUAUGACUCAAAAUAGUCCAUUGGAAUCUAGUCAAAAAACUAGAAAUCCAUUUAAGUUAAAAUCAAAUUGUUCCGAAAAUGAUUCGGUUUUAGUGGAUUCCGAAAAAUAUAGUCCAAAAAUGAGUCAAAAGAGUCCAAUUUUGGGAGUGCAGCCUCAGUCGUCAUAUGAUACGGGAUACAGUGAGUCAAUCAUCGAAAACACUUGUCCAUAUGAAGAUAUGGUAGUGCCAGUGGACCCUGAGAUAACCAAGUCGUUAUACUUCAAUGAGUCCCCGUCUCCGCCCAAAGUGUCGUCCCAGCCGUGUUUAGACAAGUUCAAACAGGGCGCCAAGAAACCGACGUGCAGGGUCCCGGGUUUGAGGAAAGUGACGCCAUUACCGACCAACCAACCCACUUUGCUGAGCAAAUUUGGCUUCCAAAAAAGGACAGUAUUAAAAAAAUGAAGAGUGAAAAAUAAUUCAAGUAUCUAAGGCAGCAUCUACGGACCAAUGUAAAUGACCAACUGUCAUAAUUAUUAUAUGCAUUUUUAUGCACAGUUAAUAUUUAAUUGAUGAUUGAAGUGUUUUUGUUUGUUUUUUAGUUUUUGACUGUGAUCUUUUGCUGUUUUUCCUUUUAUGUCAAGUACGAGUAGAGAAUAAAUUUCCACUUGAUAACGUAUAGUUAAUCUGUUUUGGGAAGUCCAUUUGGAUUGCGAUAUAGUAGUAAAAUGACAGACUAGCCUAGGCCGUUUAUUAAGCCUCGGUAUACAAAGAAAUGUGAAGGUUGAAAGUGACUAUAACUAGAAUCACUGAGCCCCCAUUUUUAUGAUUUAUGGAAAAUCUUCGAAUAAACAGAACAACACAUCGCAGGGCAUACAAGGGAUAUAAAAAAGAACAACGCCAACCCUUUCAGACCUCGCAGACCAGUGUGCCUAGUGGCAGUUUUCAAUGUUUCACAAUGACGAUCGCGUGACCGUAAACGCGGAUUUCUAAGGAAUUGAAACAGCGCCAUCUAGUGGCACUACUGCACAACUGUUUAAAUUCCAUAGAAAUUCGCGUUUACGGUUCCUUGUAGACACCUAACUACCUUGUUAACCCUAAAAAGAUAACUCUGAAUCCUCCAAAUCGAUUGAACCGUUUUAAUUAUAAUCCAUCCGUCUUUGACUUACUUUGCAAUGCUGUUAGUAAUGUCACCAAAAGUUUUCUUGAACAUAUAUUUUAAUUUUGCCUAAUCUUUCGUCAUUCCCAAAGUAAUCUUCGGCAAUUAAUAAUAAUAAUUAAUUAUGGCGUUUUGUGCAAUUUAUGGAAGGCGUAUUGAUGUAGCUUGGUUAGAUACUUCACUUUAACGCAUUUGAGUUUGUGUACAUACUUCACGAUAACGCACUUCAGUUUGUGUAGGUUCCCCAAUGUACAUUACGGAACGUACAAACAUGAUGUUGAUUAUAAACAUCGACAUAUCUUUAAUUUUGUCCUAUUAGUACUUUAUUGUACUGAUGGGAUACAAAACGCUAAUAAGAGGCCUCAACAGUUCUAUAGAACUAUAGGUAUGGGGUACUACUGGGUGCACCCUUUUUCAGACAAUACUCCUUUUAAAAAUGGCGAUAGUACUUCAUUCAUUGACAGGAGCGUUGACUCCCCUAUGACGUCAUAACCCGCGCCUCUACACCGCGCGUACGAGGACACUUUUAGUCAAUAGCAGUUUGGUUAUUGCUAUUUCAAUUAAGUAUGGCAACAAUUUAUGGAAAAAGUAAGCCGGGAAAAGCUAAAAUGUUAGUAAUAAAAUUUUUGUGAAUAUUCAACGAUCAUGAAAACUGGACUCAAUUCGGUAUUUUCAUGAUAAAAUUCGUUAACUAAUAGUUUAAUUCAUAAGAAACAGCAAGCAGUCUGUACGUAAGGUAAAAGAUAAUUAUACAACGUUGUAAAAUAAAGGAGAAAGUUUAAAACUGAAAAACUAAAGUACAAGUAUUACUUUUUGUUUAAAAUUAUUAUUUUUUGUUCUAAUGAUUAUAACCAUGGAUUGGUUUGAAAUCGUGGCGACAAAUCUGGGAAGAUUGCAUUUAUUGUUGAUUACCUCGUAAGUUUUAAUUGUGAUAAUAGUUUUAUUAUUGAUUUUGAUUGUUUAUUAUGAAAAUAAAAAUCAUUAUAAUGUA